CCCGACUGCCGGCCGCUCAUCGGCUUCCUGCGCAGCAUCGACCAGUUCGCCAACCUGGUGCUGCACCAGACCGUGGAGCGCAUCCACGUGGGCGCCAAGUAUGGAGACAUCCCGCGGGGCAUCUUCGUGGUGCGGGGCGAGAACGUCGUCCUGCUCGGAGAGAUCGACCUGGAGAAGGAGAGCGACACCCCGCUGCAGCAGGUCUCCAUCGAGGAGAUCCUGGAGGAGCAGCGGCUGGAGCAGCAGGCCAAGCACGAGUCGGAGAAGCUCAAAGUGCAGGCGCUGAAGGCGCGCGGCCUCGCCGUGCCGCGCGCCGACACCCUCGACGAGUAUUAGCUGCCCUUUCCGGAGC